UCUCUCUCUCUCUCUCUUUAUUCGGAGGUGAAGAAGGAGAGCCCAAACAAACUCAUCCAAAGCCAGGCUUUGUAGUUUGAAGUUGAACAACCUCAUCCCAUCAUUAUCUCUCUUCAAAAUUCACCAUCUUCUCUCUAUUGAAGCUUCUUCUUCUUCUUCUUCUUCUUCUUCUUCUUCUUCUUCUUCUUUCUCUCAACACCAAGAACCUCAUCCCAUCCUCGAUACCUUUCUCUCUCCUCUUUGCUUAGAAGUGGAGAGGGAGAGAGCCCAGACAAAAGCUUUGUACUUUGAACAACCUCAUUUUGUCCUCUUCAUCUCUUUUAAAAGCUCACCAGAGUCUCUCUCAUCGCUUUCUUGGAGUGAUCUUCUCCUCCUCCUGUCUCUCAACCACCACCUCCUCUUAACUCUUCGUACAAUGGCCUGAACCCAGCUCCGGAGCCAUGAAGGCCAAGACCCACGUCCAAGACCUUCCCACCAGGCCGCCGCAGGGGCAUUGCCGCCGUGCGUCGCGAGGCAGGCCCUGGUACGACCUCCCCGAGAACCCCAAGGCUGCCGAGGCCCUUCGCCGGCUCCGCUCCCCCUUCCUCCUCUUCUCCGUGCUCCUCUCCUACGGUCUUGGGUUACUGUACUGCACCUCCGUCUUCUCGGCCGUGGCGCCGCCGCCCGCCCCUCUCCCCGGGUCGGUGUACCGGAGCAAGGAGCUCUUCGAGAAGCUCUUGCCGGACCUGCUGUCGGUCAAUUCCUCCACUGUGCAGCUGAACACAAUCUGGACAAGUAGAAGGAAACUGAAACAGUGGAAGGAUUGCACAAAUCAUAAAACGGAACACCCCGGAUCAACUGAACCAUUUGGUUACCUGAUAGUUGAUGCAAAUGGUGGUCUUAAUCAGCAACGUUCCUCGAUUUGUAAUGCGGUCGCACUGGCUGGGCUUCUUAAUGCUGUCCUCGUGAUCCCAAACUUCCAUCUUCACAACAUCUGGAUGGAUCCAAGUGAAUUCAAAGAUAUCUACGACGAAGAUCAUUUUAUAAACAUGCUUGAAGGCCAUGUGACAGUAGUGAGGGAUAUACCUGAGAUGGUUAUGGAAAGAUUUGGUUACGAUAUCAGCAAUGUACCAAACUUGAAAGUAAAAGCUUGGGCAUCAAGCAGUUAUUAUUCUGAUGUUGCAGUACCGUUGUUACGGGAGCAUGGGGUUAUUCGCAUAAGUCCAUUCGCAAAUAGACUGUCAAAUGAAGUUCCAUCAGAUAUGCAGAGACUUCGGUGUUUAGCUAAUUACAAGGCACUAAGGUUUUCUCUCCCAAUAGCAGCAAUGGCAAAGAAGUUGGCCAGCCGUAUGGUUGAGAAGAGCUCAUUGUCUGGUGGGAAGUAUGUCUCAAUCCACCUUCGCUUCGAGGAGGACAUGGUGGCCUUUUCAUGCUGCAUUUAUGAUGGAGGGAUGUCCGAAAAAGUAGAAAUGGAUUCUGCUCGCCAAAGAGGUUGGAAGGAGAAGUUUAAACUCCGAGGUCAUUGUUUGAGACCAGACCGAAACCGAAUGCAAGGAAAAUGCCCCUUGACACCUUUGGAGGCGGGGAUGAUGUUAAGGGGUAUGGGUUUCAGCAAUGACACUCCUAUUUAUUUGGCAUCUGGGAAACUCUACAAGGAGGAAACACAUUUGGCUCCUCUACUCCAACUAUUUCCUCUCCUUCAAACAAAAGAAUCUCUUGCUACUUCUGAGGAGCUUGCUCCAUUUCAGAACUACUCGUCAAGAAUGGCUGCUCUCGACUACUCUGUUUGCCUUCACAGUGAAGUGUUCGUGACCACUCAAGGUGGCAAUUUCCCACACUUCAUGAUGGGCCACCGGCGCUUUCUCUAUGGCGGCCAUGCCAAGACCAUCAAGCCAAACAAGCCAAAGCUAGCCGUGUUGUUUCAGGACACCAACAUCAGUUGGAAGGCUUUCAGAGGACAAUUGGAGGUGAUGCUUGAUGAGAGUGAAAGGAAGGGGAUGGUGCUCAGGAAGAGCAGUCAGUCAGUCUACUCCUUCCCUUCACCAGAUUGUGCAUGUCUCCAUGAUCAUCAAGCCAACUCAACAUUGUUCAAGAGAUAUCAGCACCACCAUGGAGUUGGCUGACUGCAGUGUUCAUCUCUCCACCUUGGAACUUGAAGGAGAACCCUUUUUUUGUGUUGAACACCUUCAUCUGAGACAGCACCUGCUUGGUUUUUGCAGCAGGAUGUGGUUGCAUGACUUUGCCUCUCAUGUAGAUAUGAUAUAUUGGAGGAUAAUGAGUGAUUUUUCUAUGCAUUUGCAAUUUGUUUUAUCUUUUUUUUUUUUUUUUCUGUUUUUGUUUGAUUGAUGGACAUGGGAGCCAACAAAAUGAAUAUUUUGGUGACCUAUUUUUCCUGUGAAUAAAGUGCAUUUUGGAAUCAAUCUUUGUAUGCAAUUGAAAUUUCUUCCUCUUUUUCGGGGAAAGAAUUAUAGAUAGAGAAAUAAGAUUAUAUGGUACGAAUUCAGUGCAGCAAUUUAGCAAUGUAACAUAAUGAAGCACAUAGUUUAAGUAGUUACUGACACAGAAUUGGCCUCCUCCUGUUGUUUAUGUCACCUGCAGGAGAACAGCCGACAUAGCAGCAGAUUACAGCACACCGAACACAGAGGAAGAAGACGAUGAACGACAAGCGCGCAGCUAUACGUAUACAAGCAUGCACGCAUGCAUGCAGCUGGUUCAGGGGUCUCAUGCCAGCGUCUGCUUCAUGGGGUAUAUGAGAAGCUCCCCGGCGGAGCCGCCGUCGACGAGGGCGGCGAUAGACUCCGGCGUCUUUUUUGUGAAGUCGGAUCCCCAGGUUCGUAGCCACACGUCUUGAAGGCUACCCUCCUCGGGGAAGAGCAGCCUGUAGGCGGUCAGUUCCCCGUCGGACGACAGUUGCGCCUUGCAGGUGGGAGCAGUGGCCUGCAGACCCCGUCGCUCCUCCCUGGAGGAUGCGGCUUCCACCUCGCUGGCCCCGCGGAUGUGCAUGGUGCACGUAGUCUCCAGCACCAAGGUGUAGUUGCCGUUCUUAAGCAGCGCCCCGCCGGUGGGCCUGUAGAUGAAGUCGUCCGACGAGUACAUGAUGUAGCCCGAGCUGUCAAAGGACGAUGACGCUAGCCGGUGGUUGGAGACCGUGCCGUCGCUGCCGCUGCUGUUGGCUAUGGAUUUGAAGCUCCACAGCGAGGGGCCGUAGAUGCGGAGCGUGCCGUCGGGGCGGAGGAGGAGGGCGUAGCUCCCCCGACGCGCCGGGCUGCCGGUUGUCCACAAGGGAAUGCCUUCGGUGUCGCUGACGACGGCCACGCCGUACCUGUUGAUCCAAAAUAUGCAGUCGAUGGCUCGGGCGACGCUGCCGGAGUUCCAUAUGAUCAUGUUGUUGGUGUCCCUCAGGACAAGGUCACAGUCGACCUGCAAGGUCAAGGUGGAGCCAUUGUUGGCCAGGCUGUCGCCCUGCUUGAGGAUGCUGGACUCGAGGUGAGAGAAGAGAGCAACGUCGUCGUCAGCGAGAACUGUCAGGGUCUCGAGGGAGAAGAAGAAGAAGAAGAAGAAGAAGAGG